AUGUUUUUUGUAAUAAUUAAGAAUACCUUUUAUUUCUAUAUUUUGAUACACUCUGUCUUUUCUUUGCUGAGUUUGUUGAUAUGUUUAGACAAUGAUAUAGAUCACUUUGAAAUUUAAUGUCCUAGAGUAAUUAUUUAUCUUAUGAUAGUUGAGCAAUGAAAUCAAAGAAUUCAUGGCAGGAAUAUUCAAGCCAUUUUUGCCAGAAGCUAUUGAAUUUUUAGUUGGUAAAAUAUUAAUGCAAGAUCUAAGGAUUGUGAAUGCUCUUAUAUUUUCAGGAAUAUUAGAAGUUGUUUUAGCAAUAUUAGGAGGAUUGUAUUUAUGGCAUUUGAUUUUAGCUACUACAUUAUGGUUGAAACUCCAAAGCCUAUAUAAAAGAGUUUUAGAUUAAUUGCAAAAUGUUUUUUCUUUUUAGGGUUAGUAUUAUGGUUUGCCAUUUAUUGCAGCGGAAUUGGUUUAAGAAGAUUAUUUGAAAUACUGCAUAUUGUUUAUUAAAACCCAUAAAACGUGGAAAAUUAUUCAAACGAUUUAUCAGAAUUUAUCUAAAAGAGACAAGAAGAAAUUUUGGAGUAUUAUUUCUGA